GCCUCGUCUCCCGUGCCGCGUGACAGACAGUCUUGACACCGGAGGGCACCCCGACACGCCACCAUGAAGGGCUGGUUUGACGCAUUCCGAACGGACGGCGGGCCGACGCUGUAUCACCAUAGCAACAGGACAGCCGUGCACGGCGACGCCGCAGUCAUCCUCAUCUCGGUCAUCUUCGUCACAGUGCUGGUGGCUUUCUUGCUCAUCUUCCCCGGCGUUCGUAGUCAGAGGCUGUCGACGUUUGUCUGUGUCACUCUGAGUCUCUUCACCGGCUUGGCCAUCACCCUUGGCGCCACCGGCUCGAGCUGGCAGUCCGGCUCUGUGGACAUCACUUCUUUCUACCGCGCCUUCUCUUCGGAACGGCUGCAGGCCAGCCUUGGAGCUCACAUCGGUCUCAACCACGUCAACAUUACACUCACUGCGCUGCGUUCAGCUCAGGACCAUGGCGACGUGGCCUUCAACGAGCGCUUCCGCUGGGGGAAGCCCAUGCAGAUGCGCGACGAGUACCGAGCGGCGCUGGUCAAAGGUCUGCCGUACCCGAUACUGACGGUGGCCGAGUACCUGAGCGCCAACUCCGAGGGUUUUGCUUGGGGCCGGAGGUUGAAAUCAGCCGGCUACUACACCAGCAUCGUCAUCUGGACGGCGUUCGCCAGCUGGCUGCUGACGAACCUGCUGCUGCUGACCGUGCCCCGCUACGGCGCCUACCUGAUGGUGGUCACCGGCGGCCUGAUGUGCUUAGCGUGCGGCUUGUACUCGGCGCUGCAGUCGGGCCCGCCGCUGGCCCCGAGAAGACGUUUGCAUUGGACCGCUGUGGUUUCAGGAAUUAUGUACAUGUUGGUCGGUCUGGUGGCGUCCAUCCUGGACCUGGUGCAUCCACACACCUUCUCCACCAUUCUGGAGGUGGACUUUGGCACGCCAUAUGAUCGGCACAUGCUUAUCGUGGAGUCGGACGAGUCCCGCAAGCGCCCAACGCUCAAGAUCCCCAAGCUGGAAGAGCCCAUAACGGCGGGCAUUGAAGCCACAACGAAACUCAUUCGGCGUUUGUCGAAACGAAGCAGAGAGGACAGCAGCACAGACCCACGCGGCGGCGCCGACAACGUGGCGUUCGAGAUGGAAACGCCCACGGUGCCCCUGCACAGGCAGUCUCCGAGUCGGCGCGGCUCCAAGCAGUCGGGCCGCUCCGCCGGCUCACGGCGCGGCUCGCGCCACCUGGACGUGCCACAGCUAAGCGUGGAUCUGCCGGCCGUGCCUGCGCGGCGGCCGCUGGAGCGCACCGACUCACGACACUCGCAAGGCUCCAGCCUCUCGGCCAGCUCGGUGUCGCGCUCCUCCCUGCCGGACGGCGAGCAGCACAGCUUCCAGGAGCAGUUCAAGCGCAUCCGGCGCGCCGAGUCACCGCGGCGCGACUCGAGUCAGUCGGGCGACUCGAACGCCUCGUCCGGCUGCAGCUUGUUUCGCAGCGAGCUGACGCGCGGCGGCAGCCUGCAUGUGCCGGUGCCGGUGACGAGCUGUCCGUCGGGCAGCGACGCCCUCCACCCUCCGCUCGAAAAGCGGGACUCCCGCGCCUCCAACAUCAUCGUCUUUCACACGCAGGACGCACGCGGACAGCUGACCAGGCGUCAGUCAAGUGAUCGAGCUUCGAUUGAGAUGUAGACGGCGAGCAGAGGAGAGUUGGGUUUCUCCAAGUCUAGUACCGGAAUCGCUGCGAACGCUCAUAGCCAUGCCUGCAACCUGCUUAUACAUUCUCUUUACUUGUUAGUGGCGCAGGAUAUUUAAAUAUCAACACAGGUGCUUUCAAGUUACUUAACAUAUUAAUGCGCUUUGUAGAGGCACCUAGUGCAGAGAGCUCAACAAGCAUAUAUGAGAGGAGGACUGUUUUUUUAGCUUGCAGCGCUGAUCAAUCAAAGUUAAGGGAUUGUGGUGAGAUGAACAGGUGCUAACGGAAUGAUCUGUGCUGG